AUGUCUAAUCUCAGAGGCCGCCCUUCCAAGCGUCCAAAGCUUAUUCAACACGGAGGUCAUAGUGCCUCCGCUGAGCUUCAUACGCGCCAUCUCAGCUUUGCCCUAAGAUCCAAUGGUGGAUUCAGCCUCCGAAUGUCUUAUCUUCCUGCUCCAGCACCUGCCAUAGAACCUGCAGAAGCACCAUCUCAUGUAUCCACUGAGAUUGACCCAUGGAAUGAGAUGGAGCACAGUGCUAUAUUUUCUCCAGAAGACCUUCAGCCAGUAGCACUUAUUUUAACCAUAAAUUUGCAGGAUGACCCAAUCCUCCUUUGGCUAAAUGAACGUGAAACUUACUUGAACGAGCUUCUAUACCUGGAGGGUCAGGGAAAAAAUGACCAUGAAGCAUGUUCUUGCAGGAAACCUUCGCCCUCUUUCAGAUGUCAAGAUUGCUUUUCAACGGAGCUAUUUUGCCAUGAGUGUGUUUUGUCGUUGCAUGCCAGUGCACCACUCCAUAGAAUCAAGGAGUGGAAAGAUAGUUUUUUUCACACCACAUCGCUCAAACAUCUCGGUUUCCGCAUUCAGCUAGGUCACAAGCCAGGGGAAUCUUGUCGUCGCCCACGCCCCGCCUAUGACAAUGAUUUCAUUAUCAUCGACGUUCACAGUAUACAUGAAGUCAGCCUUGACUUCUGUAACUGCAAGCAUGAAGCCCCGCAUUUCAAGCAGCUCCUUUGUGCCCGGCUUUUUCCUGCAACGGUUACGGAUCCUCGAACGGCUGCGACAUUUAGCGUGCUGGAUCUCUUCCACUUGUUAUCUUUUGAGUCUAAGGUCUCUGCGUAUGAAUUCUAUCACAGCCUUGCACGGAGGACGGAUAAUACUGGCAUACGGCCAAUUCGAGAUCAAUAUUCUGUCUUUCUAAGAAUCAUGCGUGAAUGGAGGAACCUCAAUGCACUCAAGUGUGCUGGCCGUGGGCACGACCCUGCUGGUGUGGACGCUACUCAAGAGGGAGAACUCGCUGUUUUAUGUCCUGCGUGUCCCCACCCAGGCAUAAACUUGCCCCCAAAUUGGGAAACUUCAGAUCGGCAAUGGCUCUACGCAGGUUUCUUUGCAAUUGACACCAAUUUCCGUCUCAAGCGCCGGCUUGUCUCCUCCGAUGCCAAAGAUCCAGGGCUCACACAUGGUUGGGGUUAUUUUGUUGAAGAACACCAGUACAAGACUUACUUGGCUGAGAACUCAGGCACUGUUCAAGAGAAAAGCACUUGCAUUAGUCACAACGCCGUCAACAUGGCUGAUACCAAGGCUUCGAAGGGUCUGGCUGCAACCGGUGUCAGGACAAUUGAUUGUGCCCGACAUGAUAUGAAAUUGCCCAAUGGUGUGGGCGAUCUUCAAAAGGGUGAAAAAUACCUGAAUAUGGACUAUAUUGUAUUUUCAGCUCUCGCCAGGUUCCCUCAUCUCACUAAUGUCAAUCUAUCGUACGAUUUCAUUGACUUGCAUCUGAUCGCCGAUGUCACUUCAGCAAGCUUUUCUUUUGCAUACGCCAGCCUCACUCAAAUAGAUCCCAGUUCAAGAAAAGAGUCUGAGCAGAUACUAACCGUUUAA